AAAUUGGCACACCAAGAAAACAAACCCAAGUACCCAACCAGCUCUUGAGUAGAGUAAAAAAAAAGGAGAAAAAAUCUAUCUAGAAGAUAAUAAUAAUCCCCAACCCAAAUAAAACGCAGUUCAGUUCAAUAAACGACACGCCGUUUGCAUCUUCGUCUUCACGUUUCACAAACUGCUCAUAUAACCGUUCUCACAUAACUCCCACGCAAAACAAAACCACCUUCUCACCGGCGAUGUUGCCGGCGAUACCUCCCGAUCCACCACCGCAAUCAUAAACACUCCACCACUGUAACUACCAACUCCGGCACCAACACAACCACAAUGUCGUCACCGCAGAACGUAAAACAAAAGGUAUUCACAUGUCUAACCAAACUCUCCGACCGCGACACUCACUCCCUCGCCGCAACAGAACUCAUCACAAUUGCACGUAACCUCGACACAACCACCGUACCGGUUUUCCUCUCUUGCAUGUACUCCACCGACGCUUCCGAUAAAUCUCCGGUACGGAAGCAAUGCGUCCAGCUUUUCGGAUUACUCUCCGAAACUCACGGUAACACGCUUUCUCCUUACCUGUCGAAGAUCCUCGCCAACGUAAUUCGACGGCUUCGUGAUACCGACUCGUCGGUCCGAUCCGCGUGUGUGAAUUCCGUUUCAGCAUUAUCUUGCCACGUCACGAAGCAACCGUUUUAUACCUUUCUGAAACCGUUAUCGGAAGCUCUGUUCACCGAGCAAGAACAGAACGCGCAAAUUGGCGCUGCACUUUGUCUUGCUUCCGCGAUCGACGGAGCUCCGGAUCCAGAACCUGCUAGAUUAGCGAAGCUGUUGCCGAAGUUCCAGAAGCUUCUUAAGCGUGAAGUGUUUAAGGCGAAACCGGCAUUAUUGACGCUGAUCGGAAGUGUUGUUGAAGCUGGUGGCGCGUCUGGUCACGCUUCUUUGAAGAAUUUGGUUCCGUGUUUGGUGGAAUCGUUGAGCAAUCGUGAUUGGGCGGUGAGGAAAGCUGCGGCGGAGACGCUGGUGGUUUUGGCUAACGUGGAGAGGGAUUUCUUGUCAGAAUUCAAGGCUGAUUGUAUGAAAGUUUUCGAUAAUCGACGAUUUGAUAAGGUGAAGUUAGUUCGUGAAGUUAUGAAUCAGAUGUUGGAAGCAUGGAAGCAUAUCCCUGAUGUUUCUGAUGAUUUUUCGCCACCUCCGAAAUCGCAAUCUUCCUCUAAAGAGAAUGCGAGUGAUGGGCGGUAUCCUCCGGUGUCUCAAAAUUCAUGUAAUCCUGGUUCAGUAAUGGCGAAUCUAAGGAGGAGAUCAGCUCCUGUUAACAGAUUCAGUCCACCAGAUAGUUCUACUGCUAGCAAUGGCAAGAAUGUGAGUUCCUUAAGUAGUAAUAAGAGAAGGAGUUUGGGUGUUUCGCGAAAAUUAAACCAAAAGAAUUGGGAUGUUCAAGUGGCCAUGGCUGAUCAGGGUGAACUCCAGGAGAGGGAUGAAAAUGGAACUCCUUUGGAAACAAGCAAAGUGGAUAAAAGCAGAUUUCUAAAGCCAGAAAUGAAUCGAGCACUAUUAAAUAAAAAUUCUGAUGAUAGAAUAAAAAAGCAUGGUGGAUCUCGUGUGGUUCCGUAUCAUGAAGAGAGUCAGGACUCAGUUCCUGUCAAUAAUGUUUCCAAAGAUCUUUUUAAGAAUGAUAAAGAGAGUGAAGAGUUAUCUUUGAUCCGCAACCAGUUGCAACAAAUCGAGAAGCAACAGUCGAGUCUACUUGAUCUUCUGCAGAAAUUCAUUGGAAGCUCACAAAAUGGAAUGCGAUCUUUAGAGACCCGUGUACAUGGCCUUGAGUUGGCAUUGGAUGACAUCUCUUAUGAUUUGGCUGUAUCAAAUGGAAGGAUGACUAAUUCUAAUGUCCCUCGUAAUUCAUGUUGCUUGCUACCUGGAGCAGAUUUUUUGAGCUCUAAAUUCUGGAGGAAAACACAGGGCCAGUAUUCAUCUCCGCAGUUCUCUCGACGUGGUGGUGCUCCAUCACUUGCUACCACGCACUACACAGCUGGCAGGAAUGCUGAAACUAAUUUUACAAGCCAGAGAUUCAGGCUUGAUGGAGGUUUUAUCACUAAUCCUCUGGCAGAGGUACACACUAAUUCAAGGAACUUUGCUUGAUCAAAGCCAAUCUAUAAAGAAGGUUCACGUUUUACCUAUGGACCAGGCAUAGUCUUGGCACUAUCGCCCAUGGGAAUGCAUCUUUGUGAUUAGUGAUACCAAUUGAUGCAUCAUUCAACUCUUACUCAUAUGCCUUUUUUUUAUUACUGUAUUUCUUACUUUGUUGCGGAUGUGCUGCACAAUCUAGAAAGCAAGUUUCAUCAGUUGAUUCUCAAUCAGGUUUUAAGAUCCCUUGACCAGACAAAUGUUGAUUGAUCGAACUUCUGAUCAAAAUUGCAUAUUCUGCUUCAUCAAAUUAUGAUUUAAUCAAUAUAUAUACAUUUGUUGUGCUACUCGAAAAUGCUCCAUGUUGUCUUGUCAAUGCUGAAGAAGGCAAGAAGCUGGCCAGACUACACGUUCUACACGCCUUAGUUGUGCACAAUAAUUAUUAGACAAGAAUGAUUGAAGUGCUUUCACGGCUAAAUAUGACACUAUUGUAAAAGAGGGUGAAUUUGUAUACGUAUUACUAUAUUAUAUAGAGUGACAGGUUGCUUUUUUGCAUUAAAUAUUGCGUUGUACCAUGUACUCCGUAUUUAUCUAAGUUACUAUCCCUUCCCCUCUCA